AUGGUUAAAUCUCAAAGACCUGUCUUUGUUGUUGUGAUGUAUGGAGGUCAGUGGCAAUAUGAUGUUGAUGCAAAAGAAUAUAAAUACAUGACCGAAGAAUGUGGGUCGGUACUUCGUGUGGAACCGGAUUGCACACUCGACCAACUAGUAAGUUCCCUAUACAGCAAGUUCAACGUUAGUACGGCGGAGAAGUCAGUUGUGCUGAAGUACAAGUAUAAGCACUCGGUUCCAUCUGCACUUCCAUUAGAGAUACGUAAUGAUACAGAUGUUGAGUGCUUUCUAUUGGAAUGCUCUCGGAUAGAGUCCAGAAUCCCAUUGUGUGUUGAUUUUGUGGACAUAUUACUACCGCGGACAGAACCUAAGGAAGUGGUGGCGGAGAAUUCUCCCCUGACACGCUUGGGCAUCGAUAGUUCGACAUCGUUGAAAGACGAGGUUAAUCGCGAUGAUGCUUUGGAUGGAAAUGGUUAUGAAGAUGUUAAACGGGAUGAUGCUGGAAAUGGUUAUGAAGAUGUUAAACGGGAUGAUGCUGGACAUGGUUUUGAAGAUGCAUUUAAUGCUAAUGAUGCUGAAAAUUUGUACAUUAUCAAUGUAGACUCACAGGAUUGUGCUGAGCAGCCUACUUUUCUCUCAUCUUCGAGAUUAUCAAGGGUUAGUGCGGGAACAUCGUCGGCUGCGUCAGAUGUUGAGUUGAACGAAAUUUUUUCGUCAAAAUCAGAAUUGCAUGAACGGAUGAGUUUGUUGGCUUUGAAGAAUAAUUACGAAUACAGAGUGGUCAAGUCAACUAAGAAGGUAGUUUACAUGAAAUGUAAGCACGGUGAUUGUAAAUGGCGGUUGAGGGCAGCCACGCUUGGCACUUCUUUUGGUUGGACAGUUAGGAAAUAUGUAAAUACUCAUUCAUGUUCAUAUUCAAUAAUGCGCCGCGAUCAUUGUCAGGCGAAGAGCGGAAUAAUUGGUUCUUAUAUAAAAAGCAGUUUCGAGGAUGUUAAGCGUAUUUAUAAGCCUAAGAACAUUGUCCACGAUAUUCGCAAGGACUUUGGGGUCAACAUAAGUUAUGAAAAGGCAUGGAGAUCGCGGGAAAAGGCUCUGGACAUGAUCAUGGGGGGUGCGGAGGAAUCAUUCCAGUUGCUUCCAUCUUAUCUGUACAUGUUGAAGUUGAAUAACCCCGGGACUAUUGCAGAAUUCGAGAGUGACAGUGGGAACAAAUUCAAGUACCUUUUUAUGGCCAUUGGUGCAUGCCUUGCCAGAUUUCGUAGCAAGAUGCGGCCUGUCAUUGCAGUGGACGCUUGUUUCCUUAAGGGCAAGUAUCUUGGUAGUUUGUUUGUUGCCACGUGCAAAGACGGUAACAAUCAUGUUUAUCCUAUAGCAUGGGGAGUCGGAGAUUCUGAGAAUGAUGCCUCAUGGGAAUGGUUCUUCAAUAAAUUACGUUCUGCCCUUGGUGAUGAUACACCUGAUUUGGUAUUUGUGUCUGACCAGCACAAGAGCAUCCAUAAGGCGGUCACGACUGUGUUUCCUAACUCAUUGCACGUUUCAUGUAUAUAUCAUAUUGGCCAAAACAUAAAGGCUAAAUUCAAAAAGGAAAAUGUGCAUGCUCUGUUCUACAAGGCUGCGAAGGCAUAUCGACAAUCAGAAUUUAAUGAAUACUUUAUUGAGCUCGAGCGAUAUGCUCCAGCCAUCGGUGCCUAUCUUAGAGAGGCUGGUUUCAGUCGUUGGGCACGUGCAUAUUCGGAUGGCAAGGGGUUUGAUAUAAUGACCACAAACAUUGCGGAAUGCCUUAAUGCAGCUCUGGCGGAUGCGCGUAAAUUGCCGAUUCAAUGUUUGAUGGAGUAUAUCAGGAAUAUGCUGCAACAAUGGUUUUAUGAGAGACGGGGUGAUGUUAGUAAAAUGGGUGGAUAUAUAAUAGCUUGGGCUGAGGGAGAAAUAGGCAAAAGAUUGGCAUUAUCUCGGAAUUGGCGUCCAGAGCCGAUUGAUAUGUAUAGAUUCAAUGUUCAUGAUGGUCACUUUGGGGGUAUUGUCGACUUGAAAGCGAGAACUUGCACUUGUAGAGUGUUUGAUUUUGACAAAUUGCCAUGUGGUCAUGCCCUGGCUGCUGCACGUUCACGCAAUAUUCACCCAUAUAGUUUGUGCUCCUCAUACUACCAAACAGAAGCUCUGUUAUAUGCCUAUGCCGAUCAAAUAAUGCCUGUGGGCAGCCAAGCCAACUGGACCGUGCCGGCGGAAAUUGCGUCUAUUAAAUUGCUACCGCCGACAAAUAGACGCAAACGUGGAAGACGUCAGAUUUGUCGAAUUCCCUCAGCCGGUGAAGAGAAGAGGAGGGUAAAAUGCAGUCGUUGUGGUUUAAUUGGUCACAAUCGCCAAACUUGCUCUAAUCUAAUAACUUUGCUGUCAUAA